AUGAACUCUCGUGCAGAAAUUUCAGUGUGGACUGAAAAUGACACCCUGAUGUCAUUCAGUGUCGCAGAAGCCUCAGCAAUUAUCAGAAAAUUUUGCAGGUUUUCCACUUCAUCCCAACUGCUUCCAGUAUUGGGGAACCUUGCAUCUGGCCUGUGGGAGGAAGCAGGAGUAGACCCGCAGCUGGGUGAGUGCAGGGCGCUCGGUCACCGGCUUCCUCUCAGCGAGGUUGCCAAGCGAAGGCUGAAUUUCUUUACCAAAGGCGGCCGCAGAUCUUAUCGGGCGGCUUUUCUGCAGCUACAGCUACUUUCUCUGGAUUUUGGUCACCAUUCCUGCCCUUGCCAUGGUACCAGUGAAAUCACUUACAAGAAACUAAGCAACUGGAUAGGCUCAGCCAACAUGAAAGACACAGCUGUGGUCCUGUACCUGCUCCAGCUCAGACUUCAUGGGGACCAUGAAGACUUGACUUCCAUACUGGCAGCUUUGGGAAUGACGGAUGUCUUUAACCACUCAAGGACUAACUUGUCUGGCAUAACUGCAGGAGGAGGCCUCAGGGUCUCCAGGAUAAUCCAUAAGGCUAUGUUAGAGGUUAUUGAGACUGGUUCAGAGUUCACACUUAACAACCAAACAAGCAAAUUGGAAAAUCCUGAACUCUUCAAGGUGGAUCGUCCUUUUCUCUUCUUUAUCUUACACAAGGAAACUAAGAUGAUUCUCUUCUAUGGAAGAGUCUGCAACCCUUAA